UUGAAGGAUGUAAAUGCAAUAACAUUUGUAAGUAGAGGUUUUUGAAUAGAGGAAUGGCCCCCAUCCCAUGGUCACAGGAUUAGUACCAAAUAUUUUUGAAAACAGGUUUAGUUGUACUUAAAAAGAAACAAUGGAGAGCAAAUCGAACCAUUUUUGCGUGAGUAUGCGGUCAUGAUCCCAACUGAACUGCGUCCUGUUCGUUUUUCAUUUACUCUCUUUUAAUCUCAGUCAGGGGUAAAGCAUUUUUUGGAGUUUAAAUAUCAUGAAUUUCAGAAAAGGGAACUUGGUGGAGGUUUUAAGAAGAGAAGACGACGAUGAUCCAUGUGGCUCUUGGUUUACUGGUAACAUCGUUUCAGCCAGUGGCGAAAACCAUGUUGUCAGCUACAAACUUCUUAUGGACCACAAAGGAAGACAAGUGGUGGAGAAGGUGCAAAGGAAGGAUGUUAGACCCUUGCCUCCAAGUGUAAAUAGGAAGAGUUGGGUGGUCGGCGAUGUGGCCGAAGUGUUUGAUAUCCAGUGUUGGAAGGUCGGAAAGGUCGCAAAGGUGUUGAAGGACAACCAUCGAUUCGUUGUCAAGUUGUUUGGGUCAAUCCAACUUAAGGAAUUUGAUGCAUCGAGUUUAAGGAUUAGGCAGGCUUGGGAUGGCAAGAAGUGGAUGGUGAUUGGGAAGGUUGCUCAUGGUAAAGACUCAACCAAGAAUUGUACACCGAAAUUUCCAUACCCUUCCGGUGGCUUGCUUUUCAGGACAUCAUUGCAUUUAACCGAAGCCCCUCAAUAUAGAGAGAAGGAUAGAGAGGAAUGCAUAAGGAUGGGACUGAUAUGUGACCAUGUGUAUGUCCAUGAGGGGCAUAAGUAAAGGCCGUGAUCAUCGAUCUGAAGAAUGCAAAAUAAACCCGAUCAUCGGAGGAAGCCUCAGGAAAAGGAAAUCCCCAGGGUUUGAUGGAAAAUUCAUUAAGCGAUCACCUAACAGGAAUAACAGAACGGAAAAGACCCCGCGUUGCUGUUUAUAUGAUUCUUGUAGACCUGUUUUGUCUGCUGAAGACACUGACCAAUGCUCGGUUGCUAGCUGUAGUUCUAACUGUGUUGCUGACUAUGCUGGCCGAAUUUCACGAAGUCCACUCGAAAGCACACCUGAUAAUUCUGAUGCCGAGUCAUCAUUCCCAUAUUCGUGUGACAAAAGGGACCCACAUUCGUCCCCUGUUGUUGCCGAUGAAGUUUUUGAUAUCCAUGAACUUGAGCUCCGUGCUUACAAGUCAACAGUCAAGGCUCUGUAUGCUUCGGGUCCUUUAACUUGGCGGCAGGAGUUCCUGUUAACAAAUCUACGCCUCUCCCUUAACAUUUCCGACGAGGAACACCUACUCCAGCUGAGACACCUUUUGUCUGCUCAAGUUCUGUGAUUUAAGUAUGUAUCUCUGCGAAGUGUAUCGAUCCAGUCGUUUGAGGCUUGACCGCUCUGAAAGCUCGGAAAAUGACAGUUUUGAGUUGAGAUCUGUGGGGCAAUAGCAGCAAAAUCUCCUGCAGGCGCCACCAUAUGACCUCAACCUUCCUAGUGUAAAUAAUGUGUAAAUUAUUUCCAGGAAUUCAUGUCUCAUAAAAUGAUUUGACCGAAUAAAUUUCUGUAGAUUUUUGCUUUUGUAAU